UAAAGUAGGUAACAACAUGGUGGUAACUAGUGGGAAUAACCUAUAUUCACUGGGAAAUCCAUUAUCAAUAUCUAUCUAUUAUUUAUCUAUUAGAUUAAAAUAACUUUUUGUAUAUGUAUUAGUUACAGGAUGUCUAAAUGUGUUGGAAUAUUUAUCAAUAUUUAGAUAUCAGUGAUUAAUUGACUAUCCAAUAUUUAUAUAAAAGCCUAGGCGCUGUUUUAAUAAUCACUGAUUGUUAUAGGUAAACCCAAAGCACAAUGUCUUUUUUAAUUGCCGGUGUCAUCAUUGCCUUCUUGUUUUGGUACAGUACGAGAACGUUUUCUUACUGGAAAAACAGGGGAGUGAAACAUGAUCCACCAGUACCAGGGCUUGGGAAUAAUGCAGACCAAGUGUUCGCCAGGAAGAGCAUGUCACAAGUCAUCGAAGACGUGUACUGGAAAUACCCGAACGAGAAAGUCGUCGGUUUCUACAGACUCACUCAGCCGGAGCUGGUGAUCAGGGACCCUGAUGUAAUAAAAAGUGUAUUUACGACCGAUUUUCCGUAUUUCUACGCCAGAUCGCACCUUGGAAGAGAAAGCGGAGACCAAGUUGAACCUCUGAGGAGGAACAUGUUGGUUGCGGAGGGUGAUCUGUGGCGGUUGUUGAGGCAGGGUUGUUCUCCGGCGUUCACCAUGGGGAAGCUGAAAGCUAUGUUUCCGCUAAUCGUGGAGCGAGCUGAGAGGCUGCAGGAUCUGACGCAGGGGCUCGUAGAGGGCGGCGCUCCCAUCGACGCACGGGACCUUAUGGCCCGCUUCACCAUCGACUUCAUCGGGGCCUGCGGCCUUGGCAUCGAUGCCGCCGCCCUCAACGACGACAACUCUCCAUUCCGAAAACUCGCAGAACAAAUAUUCCAAAUAGGGCCUAGAGAAAUCAUCAUAUACAUACUAAAAGAACUGUUCCCCGGUAAAUUACCGUUUCUGAAAUAUUUCGGUCAAUGCGAGAAAUAUUUAGUUCACCUAGUGCGAGAGAUUCAGAAUAUGAGGAACAACAUGCCGUCGGGGAGGAAUGAUUUUGUUGACAUGUUGAUGGAGAUGAAAAGAAAGGGAAAAAUCGAAGUCGAGUCCAUGGAGAGACAAAAGCCAGAUGGCACUCCGGAGCGCGUGUCAAUGGAGUUGGACGAUAUGCUGAUAGCAGCUAAUGUGUUCAUGUUCUUCGGAGCCGGUUUCGAGACGUCUUCAAACUCGACCAGCUUCACGCUCCACGCACUGGCAUACAACCCGGAUAAACUAAAAAAAGUCCAGCAAGAAAUUGACAGAGUGCUCGCUAAGCAUGAAAACAAACUUGGUUGGGAUGCGAUUAAAGAGAUGCAGUAUUUGGAAUGGACGUACAAGGAAGCCUUGCGUAUGCUGCCACCAGUUGGACAUAUAGGGAGGACGUGUAAAAAAAAAUACACCUUUCAGGAGCUAGGUUUGACCAUCGACGAAGGAGUGAGAGUGAGGAUAUCAGUUCAGGCGUUGCACAACGACCCAUUGUACUGGGAUAACCCUGAGGAGUUCAGACCUGAAAGGUUUAGCCCGGACGAGUAUAACGAAUCUAGAACAAAAUAUACCUAUAUACCUUUUGGCGCUGGACCUCGAAUAUGUGCUGGUGAACGUCUCGGCAUGAUGCAGUCCCUAGCCGGCUUGGCAGCCGUGUUAUCCCGUUUCACCGUGGAACCCGCACCAAAUUCCACACGGAACCCCACAAUAGACCCCAAGUCUAACCUGACUCAAGGAGUGGUGGGGGGACUACCACUCAUUUUCAAGGAGAGGAAGAACUUCCAAACGGCACCCUUACUGAUAGAAGAUUUCCCAGUCCGAGCAUUAUAGAGUAGUAUGAAGGCGCAAUAUUUUUAAAGAUAGAGAUACAGAUGUUUCUUUGCAUAGCAGGUAUUUUAGAUACCUGGACCAGUGUAGCGUUAUUAACUAAUUAAUAACAUACUGAGGCCAAAUAAAUAAUAAAAUACAUACUUAUAUUAAAUAGUUCUACGUUGUCUCAGAACGCGUCUAUAACCGAAGCGCUCAGCAAUCAGUAUUAUCGGUGUUCAAUACUUGCUUACACGUUAGUCACUUUGUGGAAGUGAAAGUUUUUGUUAUUUUCCCUACUUUUGGGUAAGUGUGAAUAUAAAUUAUUAUUUAAGAUUAACUUUAAGUUUGUCAUUUAAUUAUUGGUGCUUCUGCCCGCUAGCACUUUACGACUGCUUAUUCAUA